UACUGGUUCUCACAGAACCAAUCUAAAACCCUAAUCAAUAAUUUUAUUUUUUAUAAAAAAAAAUCCCUUUAAAAUUCACAUCCUGUUCAUUUCUUUACUAAACCUUGACGAUGACCAAGGUUUAUGGUACCGGUGCUUACGAUUUCAAGCGGCACCGGGUCGCGGAGUACCCGGUGGAGUUACCGAACCAGCUCGAUGACAAACCGGUGGAGUCAAAGGCCGGUUCGACGCUCCCAAGCGCUAUAACUCUCUCGGAAAUUCAACGCGAUAGGUUGACGAAAAUAGCUUCGGAGAAUUGGCUUAAAAUGGAGAAGCCAUUCGAUGCGGAGCUGGUGAAGGAGAUUUAUAUGACUGAGUUAACGGUCAAGGAGGGGAGGAAGACAGUGCCGUUACAUAGAGUGAUGAUUUUGGAAGUGAGUCAAUAUUUGGAGAACUAUCUGUGGCCGAAUUUUAAAGCUGAGACGGCAUCGUUUGAACAUGUGAUGUCUAUGAUACUGAUGAUUAAUGAGAAGUUUCGGGAGAAUGUGGCAGCUUGGAUGUGCUUUUACGAUCGGAAGGAUGCAUUCAGGGGAUUUCUCGAUAGGGUUCUUCGUCUUAAGGAGGGAAAAGCCCUGACUAUAGCUGAGAAGACAAAUUAUCUGGUUUUCAUGAUAAACGCUUUUCAGAGUUUGGAAGAUGAAAUUGUCAGUGAGACUGUCCUGAAACUAGCUAGUUUACAGUGCUGGCAUAGUUUGUCUUAUGGUCGUUUUCAGAUGGAGCUUUCUCUUAAUCCAGAUUUGAUCAAGAAAUGGAAGAGGAUGAUAAAGAGAGAAUCAAAGGAAGCUGCGAAAUGGGGGGAGCCUUUUGACCCCUCGUCAUCACUUGAAGUGAAGUUCCUGAGAAAUCUUAUUGAAGAGUUUCUUGAGGUGCUAGACCACAAGGUUUUUGCACAAAAGCACUCUGUCAAUGGUGAUGAUGAUCUUGUUGCUGCUUAUGGUUUUGAGAAAAUUGAUGAUGCCUGUGUUCUGUACUGUGAGAGGUUUAUGGAAUUUCUUAUUGAUCUAUUGAGCCAACUGCCUACAAGAAGGUACCUUAGGCCUCUUGUUGCUGAUGUAGCAGUUGUUGCUAAAUGUCAUUUAAGUGCUCUUUAUAGACAUGAAAAGGGAAAACUCUUUGCGCAAUUGGUUGACUUACUACAGUUUUAUGAAAAUUUUGAGAUCAAUGAUCAUGUUGGCACACAACUGACAGAUGAUGAAGUUCUACAAUCUCAUUAUGAUCGUUUCCAAUCUUUCCAAUUAUUUGCAUUUAAGAAAAUCCCCAAGUUGCAAGAACUGGCACUGUCCAACAUUGGUGCAAUCAACAAAAGAGCUGAUCUAUCAAACAAAUUGUCAGUACUCUCUCCUCAAGAGCUGCAGGAUCUUGUCUGUUGUAAGCUCAAGCUGCUUUCAAAGGAGGAUCCUUGGUCUGAAAGGGUUGAUUUUCUAAUUGAAGUAAUGGUCUCCUUCUUUGAGAAACAGAAGUCACAAAAAGAAGCCAUAAAUGCUCUUCCACUGUACCCCAAUGAACUGAUUAUGUGGGAUGAAAGUGUUGUGCCAAGCAUUAAUUACUCUGGAGAAGGAUGUCUUGCUCUUCCAAAGCUUAAUCUACAAUUCUUAACUCUCCAUGAUUAUCUCCUCAGAAAUUUCAAUCUCUUCCGUUUAGAAUCAACAUAUGAGAUUCGUGAGGAUAUUCAGGAAGCUGUACCCCACCUCCUUGCUUACAUUAAUAAUGAGGGUGAAACUGCUUUCCGUGGCUGGUCAAGAAUGGCUGUGCCAAUUAAGGACUUUAAAAUCACUGAGGUAAAGCAGCCCAACAUUGGAGAAGUCAAGCCAGCAUCUGUGACAGCAGAAGUUACUUUUAGCAUUUCAAGUUAUAAAGCACAGAUAAGAUCAGAAUGGAAUGCACUUAAAGAGCAUGAUGUCUUUUUUUUACUUUCUAUUCGCCCAUCAUUUGAGCCUCUAAGUUCAGAGGAAGCUGCAAAGGCUAGCGUGCCACAGAGGCUUGGCCUUCAAUAUGUACGAGGAUGUGAAAUUAUUGAGAUACGUGAUGAGGAAGGAACUCUCAUGAAUGAUUUCACUGGAAGAAUCAAGCGGGAUGAGUGGAAGCCACCGAAAGGUGAAAUGAGAACCGUGACUGUUGCUUUAGAUGCAGCACAAUACUACAUGGAUGUCACAGACAUUGCAGAAAAAGGCACAGAGGACGUUUAUGGGACAUUUAAUGUGUUGAUGAGGAGGAAACCAAAGGAAAAUAAUUUCAAGGCAAUCUUAGAAUCUAUAAGAGAUCUGAUGAAUGAAUACUGUAUUGUUCCUGAUUGGUUGCACAACAUAUUCCUGGGCUAUGGGAAUCCUUCUGCUGCACAAUGGACUAAUAUGCCCGAUCUUCUGGAAACAGUAGAUUUCAAAGAUACUUUUCUUGAUGCAGAUCACUUGAGAACUUGUUUUUCAGAUUAUCAGAUUAGUUUUAUAAAUUCAGAUGGUACUGAGAACUUGGACCCAAGGCCUCCAUUCAGAAUUAGGUUGCCCAGGACACUGAAAGGGAACACUCAUGCUCUUCCUGGGAAUAAGAAAUUAAUUGCUGAUUCUAUGAAUGACGUGAAUAUGGUGGAUCCUUGUGGUGAAAGAGAUCAACUUAUCAUUGAAGCAUACAUCCCUCCAGACCCAGGUCCUUAUCCCCAAGAUCAACCAAAACAGAAUUCUGUGAGAUUCACACCCACUCAGAUUGGGGCAAUAAUAUCUGGCAUUCAACCUGGACUAACAAUGGUUGUGGGUCCACCUGGUACGGGAAAGACUGAUACAGCUGUGCAAAUCUUGAAUGUUCUCUAUCACAAUUGUCCUUCACAAAGAACGUUAAUAAUCACUCAUUCAAAUCAGGCUUUAAAUGACCUUUUUGAGAAGAUUAUGCAGAGGGAUGUACCUGCUCGCUAUCUUCUACGUUUAGGUCAAGGUGAACAAGAGCUAGCAACUGAUCUUGACUUUAGCCGGCAAGGCCGUGUUAAUGCGAUGCUUGUUAGGCGGUUGGAAUUGUUAAGUGAGGUUGAGAGGCUUGCAAGAUCUCUUCAAUUGCCUGAAGAUGUGGGGUAUACUUGUGAAACUGCAGGAUAUUUUUGGCUGCUUCAUGUGUACUCGCGCUGGGAGCAAUUUCUGGCUGCUUGUGCAGAUAAUGAAGGCAAACCAACAAUUGUACAAGACCGCUUCCCCUUCAAGGAGUUCUUCUCCAACACCCCUCAGCCGGUCUUUACAGGUGAGUCAUUUGAGAGAGACAUGCGGGCGGCUAAGGGGUGUUUUCGUCAUCUUAAGACUAUUUUCCAAGAACUUGAAGAGUGCAGGGCAUUUGAACUGCUAAAGUCAACGGCUGAUCGAGCAAAUUACCUAAUGACGAAGCAGGCAAAGAUUGUUGCAAUGACUUGCACUCAUGCUGCUCUUAAGAGGAAGGAUUUUCUUCAAUUAGGUUUUAAGUAUGACAAUCUGUUGAUGGAAGAAAGUGCCCAAAUUUUGGAGAUCGAAACUUUUAUCCCAAUGUUGCUCCAGAGACAGGAGGAUGGUUAUGCACGUCUAAAACGCUGCAUACUUAUAGGUGAUCAUCAUCAACUGCCUCCUGUUGUGAAGAAUAUGGCUUUCCAAAAGUACAGUCACAUGGAUCAGAGUUUAUUCACAAGGUUUGUUCGUCUGGGUAUUCCUUAUAUAGAGCUUAAUGCUCAGGGUAGAGCUAGACCGAGCAUAGCCAAACUAUACAACUGGAGGUACAGAGAUCUGGGAGACCUUCCUUAUGUGAAGGAGGAUGCAAUCUUCCAUAAGGCAAAUGCUGGAUUUUCCUAUGAUUAUCAAUUGGUGGAUGUUCCUGAUUAUCAUGGGAGAGGUGAGAGUGCCCCUUCUCCUUGGUUCUAUCAAAAUGAGGGAGAGGCUGAAUAUGUUGUCAGUGUCUAUAUAUAUAUGCGACUUUUAGGGUAUCCUGCUAAUAAGAUAUCCAUCUUGACAACUUAUAAUGGCCAGAAGCUUCUGAUUCGUGAUGUAAUCAACAGGCGAUGUGUUCCAUAUCCCUUUAUUGGCCCACCCAGUAAGGUCACAACAGUUGAUAAGUUUCAAGGUCAGCAAAAUGAUUUUGUAUUGUUGUCUCUCGUGCGAACUCGCUUUGUGGGUCACCUUCGUGAUGUUAGAAGAUUGGUUGUUGCCAUGUCUCGUGCUCGGCUUGGUCUGUAUGUGUUUUGUCGACGUUCUCUGUUUGAGCAAUGCUAUGAACUGCAGCCUACAUUUCAACUUCUGCUUCAGAGACCUGAUAGACUUGCACUCAAUGUGAAGGAGACAACAUCAUAUACUGAACGUAACGUUGAAGACAUUGGAGAUCCCUAUCUUGUUGGUGGCAUUGAGCAUAUGGGUGAUAUUGUCAAUCAAUUAUAUCAGGCAACCAUUGCUAGCUAUGAAUAUCAUCAGCACAUGGCUUAUUCUGAAACCGUGGGUACACCAGAAGAGCAAAAUUUCCAGCCAAAUUCAAUGGAAAUGCAUGAUGACAUGGACACUGAUAUGCCAGCAUCUGCAAAUGGUGCUGUGGGUGGUACACCACCUUUGAGCCAAUCAGAGGGCCCUGCUGACAUGAAUGGCUGUGGAAAUGGGGAAACUACUCUUGAUAAUCAGCUAGAUAGUGAGACAGAGACUCAAGCUCCAUCCACCGAUGGGAAUGGCAUGCCACGUGAAAGUGAUGUAAAAGAGGAUACUAAGUCAGAGUAGUGUAAUUUAACACUGCACCUGUUAGCACUUUUUUCCUUUCCUGCUAUUUUGCAGAAACUUCUGGUUCAACUGGACAGACAGCCAGCAAAUUUGAACCAUGCGGAUAUGGGACAAGGAAAUUGUCAAUCCAUAUUUUGUUGGUCGAAAACUUCUACUAACAGAUCAAAGCUUAUCAGCAACUAAUUGUACUUCAGCUGCAUCAUAUCGACAGGAGAAUGAUGGGAGUUGCCAUUUUGAUGCAUGGUAAUUCUUGGAAAUUACUUGAUGAAAACUCAACAAAAUGUUACUAGCUGUAUUGUACUGACUUUUAGCUACUAGAGAGAAUUUUUGUUGUAAAUUGUGUUAUUGACUUGAGAAUUUGUCACUUGUAAUUGGGCGUUGUCAGUGUUAGGGUUGUAUUUGAAUCAAAUUGAGUUUGAACA